AAAGAAUUAGAAUAUACAGAAUUUAGUGAUGCACGCUGGAGUGAUGCCCCCAUCCAGGCUCGUCAUUGCAGGAGCAGCGGGAGCUGCAAAGUCCUUGACUCAGUGUAAACCGUGCUCACGGCCGGUGCUAUCAGCUAGCCUGGGCUUGUCCCCCGCCCAAAACACGUGUUCCAGGCUACUAGGGCCGGGCCCGGGACCAUAAAUAGCCCGGGGAGGUGGCUCAGCCCUCUUUGCUGCUGGGGAAAAGAGAGAGGCGAGCUCGGUGAUGGCAUCUGGACCGUCAAGGACCGAGGCGAGCUGCGUGAGACCCCUGUGCAGGAAUUUUGCCCGUGGAUUCUGUCGGCGGGGCCACAGCUGCCGCUUCUCACAUGACAGAAAAUCAGCCCAGGUCUGCAGGUACUUCCAGAGUGGAUUUUGCCGUUAUGGAGAGCAGUGCAGCUACCAGCACACCCAGGAGGAACCAGCACGAGUAGGGACCCAAAAUGGUCUGAUACCCUGCAGCCAGGAGCCUGGCACUGAGCCCACAGCCACGAGCCAGGACCAGGAGGGAGCCCAGUGCACCUCGGCCCACCCUGCCCACAGCAUGACGUGUGUGACCUGCAAGUUCCCCAAAGUGAAGGUAGAAGUCGAAGAGAAAGACAAAAACAUCCCAGCAGUUGGUAGUGUCUCCUGUGGGGCACUCAGUGGAGAAUUUGUCACCACAAAAGCUCAGGGUGCCUCAGACUCCCAGCCACAGGGGCCAGCACUGGAUCUGGACUCUUCCGACCCCAGAGAGGCAGUUUUGGAGACAACGACAUGGACUGACCCUGCUAAGGUCCCUGCAGAGCCAGGUGCUGUGGCAGCCCUGGUCACCACGGCGGCUCUGAGAGCCCAGAGCGAGGCUGUGGUGUGUGGGAUCUGCAUGGACAGGGUGUACGAGAAGGCACUGCCAGAGGAGCGGCUCUUUGGGAUCCUCCCGAACUGCAGCCACGCGUACUGCGUGGGGUGCAUCCGCAAGUGGCGGCGCAGCCGCGACUUCCAGAGCGCCAUCAUAAAGGCCUGCCCAGAGUGCCGGAUCACCUCCAAUUACUACAUCCCCCACAAAUACUGGAUCUCAGAUGUGGAUGAGAAGGAGAAGCUCAUCAGAACCUUCAAGGCACGGACAGGGAAAAUCAGGUGCAGAUUCUUCGUGCGUGGCCACUGCCCUUUCAGAUCAGACUGCAUCUACCUGCACGAGCUGCCUGCCCGCCAGCCACGACAGCGGCACCGCCGGCAGCGGCCGAGGAUGCCCGCGGUGUUCAUCCCUUCUUCCUCGGAGAGCUCUGAUGAGGAGGAGGAGUUGGACGCGCUCGAUUGGGCUCUUACUGUGGCCUUGCUGGAGGCAGAAUAUCCCGACAGAGAACGUGAACGUCUGAAGUUUCUCAGCGAGGUUUUUCUCACACUCUUCAGCGAUUGCGACUGAGCCGCGGGGGCCAUGCUGGGUUUGGGUGCUGCUGGUGGCCGGGACGCAUCUCCGGGAGGAGGAAUCAUCUGCUUUUGACUCCUGCCAUUGUUUUGGGGUGGGAUGGGGAAGCAGCCUGGCUACCGUUUAUGGGUGCACAGCCCUCCUGCUCCUGCCGUGGUGCCCACUCUCCGCCCGUGGGCGACCCACGGGUGGGGUGGGCUGGGUUGGGUGCUGGGGGUCUGAUAUCCACGGGCCGGGCCGGGAGGGGCACUGUUUUAAACUCUUUUUUUAGCCAAAUCCGGGAAUAACGAAAUAAAACGUGUUGUGUCUUAACUCCACGCUUCCGGGAGCCUGUGAUCUGCGGGCUGGGGGAUCCACCCUCGGGGGUGAAG